AUGGGGAUCAUUCUUGCGAAGCGGGAAGAGGAACGAAUUUCUUUCAACCAGACCCGCUCUCGCGCGUCAGCCUACCUUGAGAAGUGUCGGCCUGACUACAUCGAGGAUGAUGUCUUGCUAGGGCUCGCUCCUGACGAGGAAGCUGACCAGAAAGAAGACGAUGAGGAGGAGGAAGGCAAGGAGGAGGUAGAGGCCGACGAGGAGGAGGAAGAGGAUGAUGAGGACAAGGAGGAGGAGGAUGAAAGAAAGUUGAUGGCUGAGGCAAGCUCCAGGGCAAAAGAGCGGGUACAAGCCGAGCUGAAAAAGUUCCGGCAGGCUGCCAUCAAAGGCAAUCGGUGGGCCCUGAUGAAAAUGACUCGUUCGCCGCACUUGGCCAUCGAUUCGCCUGACCAGCAUGGUCGAACAGCAUUGCACUUGGCAGCAGAGCAUGGCCAGCAUCGAGCUGUUGAGAUACUUCUUGGAGCCCGCGCUCGUCAUGACAUUAAGACGAAGAUGGGCUGGACGCCCCUGCACGUCUCAGCAUUCCAUGGCCAGGUCGCUUGCAUCAACCUGUUGCUGCAGUCCACUGCUGACGUCAACUCCCGGGAGAAACAUGGCUGCACCCCACUCAUGUUCGCAGCAUCGUCUCCCAAGCUCUACUUGGUGGACCUGGUGUCCAAACAGGAUCGUGCAAGGAGACUGAAAGCACGCCAGGAUGCUGAGAAGAAGCGGCGGGAACAAGAGCAGGACUUGUUGGAUUCCGACUUGGCAGGCUUAAGCAAGGAGAAGGGAGCGGGAAGCAUCUCAACAACAGCACCGAAUGUGGUGUGGAAAUUUUACCAACAUCGCAUUGAGCUCUUGGUGCUGAAUGCCCUGUUGUCUUCACCGAAGAUCAAGGUGGACGCGUAUGACAACAAGCGGCGGACAGCUUUGCUCUACGCUGCACGGUUUGGCAGAACCUUCGCGGUCAGCCGCCUUCUGGACGCGAAAGCUAGCUUGGGAUUUGCGGAUCGGGAGGGGCAAGUCCCGCUGUUUGCCGCCGCGUGCAAUGAGCACUUGGACACCGUGGACCUGCUUCUGCGCGCAGGGUCGAACAUCAAUGCCACAGAUCAGUAUUUUCGAACUCCUUUGCAUGGAGCUCUGGAAGAGGGUGACGAGAGCAUGGCAAACCUGCUGCUGAAAGCCGGUGCCAGUGUCAAUGCGUAUGACUGCGAGGGUCGAACUCCAAUCAUGCUGGCAAUGGACAGAGGGAACAGACGUCUGUUUUCAAAAAUUGUGGAGAAGAAGUCAAACCUGGACGUGCUGGACAAGAGAGGGUGGAACGUGGUCAUCUAUGCCAUCGAAACACAGAUGUUGACUGAUGUCUACCCCCUGCUGAUGAAGCUGAACAAAAACGCUGCAAUUAUCCUACGGGCCAGAGAUCCCCAGGGCUUGAAUGCUGUACAUCACGCAGCGCAGCUGCCCAACGCUGAGCUGUCUACCAAAUGCGUUCAGCAGUUGGCCAAUCUCGACUUCGAGGCAGCAAGUUUCGGCGACUGUAAUGGAGACACGGCGAUCCACUCGGCUGCGGAAAGAGGGCGCUUGGAGGUGCUACGUAUCUUCAUCGAUCGCCUUCCAGCAUUGGACUUCUUGAACAACCGUGGAGAGACGCCACUGCACUAUGCUGCGCGCGGUGGGCACAUGGCGUGCGUGGUGGCUCUCGUUCAUGGAGCCUCUGGAAGACAGGGAUCGUGUGAUGCAGGAGCCAUUGACUCUCAAGGCUGGAACCUCCUGAUGCAUGCAUGUGUUUCUGGACACCUAGACUUGGUCAACUUGCUCCUGCAGAACAGAGAGGGCCAACAUCCGGACUUGGCUUUCCCGCCCUUGGAUGUCAACCAUGAGGAUCGCGCAGGGGUCAAUGCGCUCUGCGUGGCUGCCAGAGAAGGGCACUGGCAGCUGUUGCCAUCGCUGGUCCUGGCAGGGUCCAACACUGCGGCAAAGGACCGCGACGGAUUCACGGCGGUGCAUUGGGCUGCCAUGGAGGAUGAAGCGCUCACGAUGAAGUGCUUGCUCGACCUUGGUUUCGACGCAAAUGCCAAAGACUUCAAGGGCUGGACUCCGUUGAUGCACGCAUGUGCUCGUGGAGCGGACGAAGUCGUCCGGGUGUUGGUCGACUUCUCGGCAGAGAUUGAUGCCCGCAAUUGGGAUGGCGAUACUGCCUUGCAAAUCACACAAAGACGACGUGAUCCACCUGAUGUGGUUGCAGUGACGAAGGACAUCCUGCUUGAUGGCAUCAUGGGGAGUGACGAGCCUGCGCAAGGAGGAUCCGUUCAGGCUCUUGGCCACAUGAUGGUUUCUGUCCUUGAGGCAACGGACCUUUACCUUGAGGGCAAAACGGGCUUCGUCAAUGCCUACGUGAACCUUCAAUUACGCACGCAGACCGGGGCAAGGCCUCAGGCAGCUUUCACGUCGUGCGUGUUGCAGAACUCCUCGCCGGAAUGGCACGAGGUGUUUCGCUUUGACACCAUACGGGUAGACCCAACUGCCGUGUUGGUCGCCUGGGUGGUGGCAGCCCCUGGCGAGAACACCAAGGAAGUUAUGGAUGGAGCCGCGCUUGGGCUAGACGAGGAAGAGCUUCAAAACCUGUCCCACAUGGAAGCAGUGACUGGAAAGACAUUGCACCAAGAACAGCCGCAAUUUACGUCGGCGCUGCAGGAAUCCUUUCAGCGCUUGAUGAAGCGGGCGGACAGGGAGGAGGACUCAGAGGUCUUGCGAUUACGAAAACUUGCGAUGGCACAGCUCACAGGAACUGAGCCGACAGAGGAUUUGAAGUUCUCGCAGACGCAAGUCAAGGGGGAGGAUGGCUUGGCCCUGACAGAGAGACGCUGGAAUGAAGUCUCCAACUUGCGCGAGGUGUUGGCUAGGAGCGGCUGUGAAGUGCCUGAACCACUUGUGCCUCGCACACACCUUCCUCUUGGCUGCGUCGUGGUGCGCUAUCGCCAUCUCAGAGCAGCCGUUUGGGGCAGCGAGCCCGUCACGGUUGUCCGCACGCUUCGCUUGAGCUGCCGUGGCAGUCUGCGUGUGCAAAUCGACUUCCGCCCGAAGUUCUUUGAAUGCAAAGAGGAGGAACGCGCUAAGCUGCUGUCGCCAGAGGAAGAGGACGAGUUAUACCGCGUGACUCCUGGGACCGAAGAGGACGAGAAGCGGGAGGCAGAGCUCUGGCAGGAAACCCUGGAGAGGAAGAAACAAGAGGCGGAGAGGCUCAGCAUUGACAUCCUUGGCAAGAUGAAGGCCAAGAAAGCGGUCAUGAGCACGGACGAAGCGCUGGAGCGAGCGAAGAGGAUCAAGCACAUGAGAGACCCAGAGGUCCUCCUGAGAAGGUUCCAGCAGGUGUCGCAUUGGGCAGCCCAAGUUUUGAAGAUCCGUGAGGAGUUUCGUAACGCAGAAGUUGAAAGGGCUCGACUUGCUGCGAAGCAGGCUGAACUUCUAGCAAGCGAAGCCAAAAAGGGGGAAAGCGACGAACAGCAGAAAGCUCGGGGAACAGGAUGGUCUGCAAAAUUGAAGUCCUACGUCCAAACCAGGUACAAGGCCUGGAGCGAGGAGCGCGCAUUCAAGCAGGCGGCCCUGGAUAAACCGAUCGGUUCCGUUGACAUGCAGGAGCUCAUGAAAGCGAAAGCAGUUCCUGGAGUGCCAGUGCCCAAGAAGGUUCCGGCACCUGCCAUUCCACGGCUCAAGGCAGAGCGCUGGGUAGAAGAAUUCCUGGAGGGCUCCCGCCUGAUCUGA